AUGCAUUUUAUUACUGCAGACGAUGGAACGUCUCUACGUACUCAUGGAACAUGCUCUUCAUUUCCUCUUCAGAAAUAUUGCUCAAAGCACUGGUCUCUCAGGCUGAGUGGAGGAGAGGGAAGCUGCUCUGGGAGGUUGGAGGUGUAUCAUAACGCUACGUGGGGCUCCGUUUGUGAUGAUCAGUGGAACAUCAGGAACGCUCAGGUGGUGUGCAGACAGCUGGGCUGUGGGUCGGCGCUGAGUGCUGAUAGGAAUGUUAGUUCUGGUCCUGGUGAAGGGACUAUCUGGCUGAACAGAGUGAAGUGUCGAGGGGAUGAGAUUCACCUGUGGGACUGUCAUCAUUCCCUGAAGAAACACACUGACUGCUCUCCUGCUGGAGUCACCUGUGCAGGUCAGAGGGGUGUGCUAACUUUUCAGCUUCCUGUCUCCACUCAUUACACUUUUCUCCCAGUGUUAAGACCUGAUAACUUUUAUUUAUAA